ACACUUCCACACACACUGCACGCUUUACGAGAGAGCAGAGGAACAGAGGGGAAUUCGUGUUUAGCUUUCCUGUAGCUUCGGUUGCUCCGCUCCAUCCAUGGCCGAUCCAGCCGAGGAGACCGUCGCCGCGCCCCCGCCGACCCCGGCAGCGCCCGCCGAGGCCGGCCUGGCCCCGCCGCCGUCGGUGGAGCCGACCGCGGAAAAAGAGGCCGAAGCCUCGCCGGAGAAGGUGGCCCCGCCUGCGUCUGCGCCCGACACCACGGUGAGGUCCCGCGGGUUCAAGCUGCUCGGGGAGGACACCUCCGUGCAUAAGGUGCUUGGAGGCGGUAAAGCUGCUGACGUACUGUUAUGGAAAGACAAGAAGACAACUGCUGUAGUGAUUGGUGGCACAACUGUCCUAUGGGUUUUGUUUGAAGUACUUGAUUACCACCUCUUAACUCUGAUAUCCCAUGUGAUGAUUGGAGUCCUGGCCGUCUUGUUUCUGUGGUCCAAAGCUAUGACCUUUAUCAAGAAGAGUCCGCCGGAUUUUCCUGUCAUUCAGAUAUCUGAAGAUGCGGCUGUGAAUGUGGCACGGGCAUUGCGCAAUGACGUCAACAGGGCCCUUCAUUUGUUCCGGGAGAUCGCACUGGGGCAUGAUCUGAAGAAGUUCCUUGGGGUCAUUGCUGCUCUUUGGGUCCUCUCUGAAGUAGGAAGCUGCUGUGACUUCCUCACCUUGAUAUACGUUGCUGUCCUGAUGAUCCACACCAUACCGAUCUUGUACGACAAGUACCAGGACAAGGUGGAUCACUUCGCCGGGAAGGCCCAUACCGAAGCACGCAAGCACUACGAGGUGCUGGAUACCAAGGUUCUGAGCAAGAUACCCAGGGGACCGGCAAAGGCAAAGAAGCAAACCUAGAAGGCUGGUUUCUCAAUUCUCAUGCAUGCAUGCUGGGUCGUUUGUGGUUCCUAAUGACAAGAUACCGCUAUUUGCAUUGUGAUGUGCAUGUAUCUAGCUACUGUAUAUGACUAUGCAACCCUAAAAGCUUUCGAAUGCUACGUUUCCACUACUGCUGUUCCUUGUAGAUACAUCUGAUGUUGUGUUAUGUAUGUUCUUAAAUCAAAGCCCUGCUGAAUGCAGCAGCCACUAAUUUAUUUA